GUCUCCACCUCCUCCCGUGCGGACUACCGCCUCCAGGGCUCCGACGGUUGCUUCUCUUGGUCAUGGGAUCAUCACGAUAUAUUGUCGGUGCAACCGGAGUACAAUAGAAGUAGCAGGUGCUCGACGAGCGCUCGGCUGAUGUCGAUCGCGCCGUACGCUGGUCGGAAGGAGACGGCGGUUUAUGCGAAGGAUGGGCGGACCGGGAUCACGAUCAGGUGUAAGGUUUUCAUCGAUAGGGUCUCGAGGAUCCAGAUUUUUCACCACGCGGUGAAGAUUGAUUUGGACGAGCUCGCGACGCUGCGCAUUCGGGCGUUUGAUGACGAAGAAAAUGUAUUCUCAUCGUUGGUAGGUGUAAAGUUUCUCUGGAAGCUUGAGCCGAAGUCUUUAGAACCUAAUGCUAUUCAUCAUCUCGUCCAUGUUCCACUGAAGGAAACACCACUGAGUGAUUGUGGCGGUUUUUGUGGCGAUUUAGAUACUCAGAUAGACCUGGAAGAUAGAGGCUUUGGUGCAGAUUUAUAUGUUGUAAGGGGAACUAAAAUUGGUCAUGAGGUUGUGACUGCCCAGUUGGUUGAGCCACAACUUGAGCACGUGAUGGACAAGAUCAUUCUCACUGUAGCUGAAGCUAUGUCAUUAGAUCCUCCAUCCCCGGUCUUCAUUACUGUUGGAGCAUUGAUAUACUACAGUCUUAGGGUUAUUCGUGCUAAUACUCCUCAGGUGGUAGAUCUACCAUCUCCACAUCAUCGAUGGUCUGCGUCAAACUCCACAGUAGCUCAAGUGGACAGUGAAAUGGGAAUUUCUUAUGCGCUGAACCUAGGAAUUACAAACAUUGUUGUUGAGGACACUAGACUUUCUGGUCAUGUACAGACCUCAUGCAUGCAUGUUGUCAUCCCGGAUAAAUUGGUCUUAUAUAUAGUACCUUUAUCCACUACCUCUACCAUGCUUGAAGGAACAAAACCAAUUCCCUCGUCUGCCAUUUGGUACGUUUUUCCAGGCCAAGAAUACAUCAUUCAGAUUAGAGUUUUCUCACAGGCACCUGAUGUGAAGGAGAUAUACAUUACAGAGAUUAAUGAUCUGAAAUUGGAUAGCAGUACUAUAAAGUAUUGGGACAUAUUAUCUGUGAUGGAUGAGGUUUCUGUCACAUACGAUAAGCAAAACUCUAGAUUGCUCAAGCCAAUAUCUCAGGGACAGGGAAUUUUGACAGCUUCCCUGAAUUAUCAUCGUGAAAUCAAUGAAAAACCUGAGAUUCUCAGGGCUGUUCAAGAAGUUAUCGUUUGCAGUAAAGUUAAGUUCAACUUCGGGGAAGAAGAUGAGGCCAGUCAAAUCAUUCGCCUUCCUUGGGCUCCUGGAAUUAGUCAGCAAGUUGAACUAAGGGCCACUGGAGGCUGUGGAAGAAGCCUUGAAGACUAUAUUUGGCUUUCUUCUAACGAGGCAGUUUUGUCUGUAUCUACUUCUGGUUUGUUGCGAGUAAACAGUCCUGGUCGAGCUGUCAUUAAAGUGGUUUCAGUUUUUGAUUCAAUCAAUGUUGAUGAGGUGGUGGUUGAAGUUUCUGUUCCUUCUUCUAUGAUUGUACUUCCGAACUUUCCUGUAGAGGUGGUUAUCGGAACACAACUUGAAGCUGCGGUGACAUUGGAAACAUCUGAUGGUGACAGAUAUUUCAGAUGUGACGCUUUUAACUCCUUUGUGAGUUGGAAAGUUUUUCCUGAAAAUAAAAUUUUCAAAGUUCUUGACACAAGCACGGGGAAAAGCUUCCCUACUAUGCUGUCACAUUUAGAUGGGUCAGGCCUCGCUCAUGGUCAACCUUGUGCAUGGACGCAUUUAUAUGCCUCUGCUGCUGGUCGAGCUGAGCUGCACGCAACUCUGUCUACUGAAUUACAGCAAUCUGCUCACUUGAAAGACGGAGCCGUCCUUAAAACUGUUUCCUCUCUUGCUGCAUAUUUGCCUCUUGUUAUUCGUCAAGCAGAUAGUGGGAAUCAGUUUGGUGGUUAUUGGAUUGAUUUAGCCAGGACGCAUGCUGAUAUCCAUGAUGCUGAUCCUACUUGUUUGAAUGACAUGUAUCUUGCCCCUGGAUCUUGGAUGGAUGUGUUAUUAUUAGGAGGGCCUGAAAGGUGGGAUGAAAAGAUUGAACAUAUUGAACUGACAGAAGUUACGAUGGAACAAGAGAAAUCAGUAACAGGUGGUCUUCUUGUGCAGCAGCCUUCUUCCAGUGAUGGGGGGCUUUACAGGGUCUUUUGUCAAACACUGGGGGAAUUUAAACUGCUCUUUUCACGGGGAAAUUUGGCUGGCGAGGGCCACUGGGUUCCUUCGAUAGCAUACACACAAUUGCUUGUUAAAUGCAGCUUCCCUUCAUCGAUCACUUUGAUUGCAAACGAACCUGUAAACUCACCUGGUAUUAUAGAGGCAGCGGUAAAGGCUGGUCGUACGCCAGACAGAAUUCGUACUGCUCCUGUCGUGGUGGCUAAUGGAUGCACCAUACGUGUAGCUGCAGUUGGUAUUCAUUCAAGUGGAAGGAUUUUUGCAAAUUCAUCUUCUCUUUGCUUGAGAUGGGAUCUGAACGGGUGUGAUGAGCUGGCUCAUUGGAACGAGAGCCUGAGUUGUGAGAGUUCUCUGAAAACCGGUUGGGAAAGAUUUCUAGUUUUGCAUAAUGCAUCAGGAUUGUGUACUAUUCGAGCUACAAUAUCUGGUUUUGCUAAAGUCAAGGACAGCCAUUUGUAUGAAACGGAUUAUUUCGACGUGAGCAAAGAAAACAUCAUUACAGAUGCUAUGCAAUUACAGUUGGUAUCUACGCUAAGAAUUAUUCCGAGCUCUGUGCUAUUAGUUUUUGAUCCUGAAGCAAAGGUAAAUCUUUCUGUUACUGGUGGAACCUGUUUUCUAGAUGCUGUGGUAAAUGAUACACAAGUUGUGCAAUUAACCCAACCGCCAGAAGGUGUAGAUUGCUCACGUCUGAUGCUUAGUGCUAGAGGCUUGGGCACUGCUCUUGUGACAGUUUGGGAUAUAGGACUUUCUCCUCCUGCUGCUGCUUCUGCCUUGGUCAGAGUUGCAGAUGUUGAAUGGAUUAAGAUUAUUUCUGAUGAAGAGAUUAGCCUUAUGGAAGGGACUGUUAAAGCUUUUGACAUAUCAGCAGGGACACAAGACGGUUUUGUUUUCGACUAUUCUCAGUACAAAUAUAUGAAUAUGCAAGUACAUAUUGAUGAUGGCAUCCUUGAGCUUGUUAGAGUGGAUGAUUCUUCGAAACUUGGAGGCCGAAUAAUCUCCAUACCUAAUUUCUCAGUUAAAGCGACAGUGCUCGGUACUACCACCCUUUAUGUCAGUAUUAGGCAGCAUGGGAAUGAAAUACUCAGUCAAAUGAUUAAGGUGGAAGUUUACAGUCCACUUCGCCUAAACCCUGAGUAUAUUUACCUAGCACCUGGUGCUUCCUACACGCUGACAGUGAAAGGUGGCCCGAAAUAUGGCGCUCUUGUGGAAUAUGCUAGCAUGGAUGGAGAAAUUGCAAUAAUUCAAGGGUCGUCAGGACGAGUUUCUGCGAUUUCCACUGGAAAUGCAACUGUCCGUGCUACUGUGUUCGGCACUGGAGGUAUCUUGAUUUGUGAAGCGUACGGCAGAAUUCAGGUUGGCAUUCCAUCAGCAAUGAUGUUGAGUUCGCAGAGUGACCAGCUCUGUAUUGGUUGUAAAAUGCCAAUUUUUCCAUCAUUCCAGGAGGGAAACUUAUUUUCCUUCUAUGAGAUAUGUAGUAAUUAUAAAUGGGCCGUAGAGGAUGAGAAGGUUUUAGCCUUCAGUACACCCAGUCCCUUGCAUUCUGUUGCAGACGAAAAUUUGUUACCUGGUACUACAGGAAAGACCAAUCUUUGCCAUUUUGAUGACAGCGAUAGUGCAUUCAUCAGUGUAUUAUCUGGAAGAUCUGCAGGCAGGACAAAAGUUUCAGUUUCGUUCUGCUGUGAGUUUGUGUCAUCUGGCAUUAAACAACUAGUAUCUUACAAUGCAUCUGAGACGUUGACGGUGGUAUCUGAUCCUCCCUUGGCUCUUGGGAUACCCAUAACAUGGGUUUUGCCACCUUUCUACACUUCAUCAGAUCGCUUGCCCAGAGUCUCAAAUAUGCACAUCCACUCCAAUGACGGAAAGGGUACCGGAACUAUUACUUAUUCUGUGCUGAAGUCACGGGGAAAGAGAGAGCUCAGAAAGCAGGAUGCCAUUGUUAUUGAUGGAAGUAAAAUCAGAACAAGGGAAAGCAAUGAACUUGCUUGUAUCCAGGCAGAGGACCAGAUAACUGGUAGAACAGAAAUAGCUUCAUGUGUAAGAAUUGCUGAGGUGGCUCAACUAAGGGCAAGCACGACAGGUUCUACAUUCCAUGUUGCGUACCUUGCAACAGAUGCUAAAAUGGAAUUGGCAAUUAACUACUGCGAUGAUUUAGGAUAUUACUUCUCGGAAGCACACGGCGUGGUUCCAUUAGACGUUGAGACUAAUUAUCCUGAUGUUGUGUUCGUUCAAGGGGCAAGUGAUGCAAAUAAGACAAAUGGUGGCAUUGGAAAUAUUUUUCUUAAGGCUAGAAAUCCAGGGCGAGCUCUUGUGAUGGUAACGAUGAAAUAUAAGCCUGAGAAAGCUGACUUCAUCCUGGUAUCAGUUGGUGCCCAGUUGUAUCCUCAAAACCCUGUCAUUCAUGUUGGACAUAGACUUAAUUUUACUGUAAUUGGAGAUGGUAUACAUGGUCCUCGAUCAGGUCAGUGGUCAAGUAGCAAUGGAAGUGUUCUGUCUGUAAAUAAGAUGUCUGGUGAAGCUCACGCACAUGGUGAAGGUUUAGUUAAAUUGACGUUCAGAGAUUCCAAUUUAAAGCUGCAGACUACUGUUUCUGUGCUAAAAGCUGAUCAGAUGUUAGUUGAUUCUCCUGCAGAGACAUUAACUAACGUCCCAUCUCCAGCUGAAGGUUACAAGUUUCCUGUUAAGUUUAGAAAUGACCCCUAUGGAAAGUUUGAAGCUACUGGAAAGGCUGUUGAAGUCGUAUAUGAUUGCAGGGUUGACCCACCUUAUGUCGGGUAUGCAAAGCCAUGGAGGGAUCAUGGGACUGGUAAUUCAUAUUGUCUCUUCUUCCCCUACUCACCAAAACAUUUGCUGAGUUCCCUGUCCAAGUCAAAGGCUGCAAUAUCUGAACAAUAUGACAGAAAUGAUGGGUUUCUGUACGUUUCGGUCAUAGCCUCAUUGAGAGAAGCACCUCAAGUUGAGGGAGCUGCCCAUGCACUUUUUGUUGGAGGAUUCUCUAUUGAGGGAGCAGGAAAGUUAAAUUUGACACCAAGCUUGAACAAAAGCCUGAUAAGAGUUAUAGGCAACACAGAUGUCGAGAUUUAUUGGAAUGCGAAAGAUCUGCUGCUGGUUACCCCUUUCGGAACAGAUGGAUUUGGCAUUGGUGGGGUUAGAGAAUACAAGGUUGAAGUGCUGAAAGAUCAGAAAAUCACAGAUACGCUAACAAUAGUGCUUCCUACAACAGGUCAGCAAAUGGAAGUAGAUGUCAACUUCGAUCCUGAUGGGGAAGGAGGAAGCAGAAAACCCGCAGCAGAGUCGAGUACUUUUAUGUGGGGUUUAAUUAUCACGUGUUUAGUAGGGCUAAUAGCCACAGUCCUCAGCUUCAUGGGAUUGCUCGAGAGAAGAAGUCGAAGAACUUACACGCCACCCACAGUUGCAGCAGGCUCUCCAAUAGGCCGACGUGACCAAAGCACUGCCACUCCUACCGCUGCUACUGGUAGCGUUCAUUCAUCGCCUCAUACGCCCAAUAGCCCUUUCGUCGAUUAUGUGAGAAGAACAAUAGAUGAGACUCCGUAUUAUAGGCGGACUGGGAGAAGGCGGUUUGAUCCGCAGUAUACUUACUAGAUUACGUAGUUUAUUUGAAGGGAAAUGCUUGUCGUCCGUUUUGUAGCAGGUUCAUGUAUAUGUGGAACUGGGGCAGAUGAAUUUUUGUAGAGACAAUUCCAUUGUGUUGAGGGGGGGUGUGAUUGAUGGGCGACAUAAUAGGAGCAGCAUGUUGGCCCACCUUCAAUGUAAUUCGAAAACACUUGCACAUUAGUUGUGACUGCAUUUUAUACUGUAAUUGCCAAACCUAACUGUCCAAGUUAUGAAAGAAACACAGCAUGAGCACUAAA